AUGAACCGGAUAAACGAAGCCUCCCCCAUCCGCAUUUACGACACCGACAGCGAACCAGAGGAUUCCAUCUCAGCAACGACGUCCGGCAACGACACCACCUCAGAGACGACGUCCGGGAGCGACACGGACGACAGCUCCUCCGAGUCGUCAACCCCUCAGAAGUCCCGGUUCACCCGGGAGAACCUAUGCGCCUACGCCACGGAAGGGACGAGCUCCGAUCCCGAGAAGACCACUCCUCGGCGGGACCCCCGGCAAGGCCGAGGAAUCUAUCAAAACAACGAGGACGCCGAGGGCAGCACCCUGCCGAACGACCAGGCCGAGGAGGACGCCUCGGCAGAUUCGAGCAGAGAACCAGACAACAACGAAACUUUCAGUCAUCAAGUAACCGAGGACAAGACGACGAUAACUCAGGUGCUGACCCCAUGGGGGGUCAGAACCACCACGGUCCACGUACGGACCGUGGAAACCACGUUAGCAGUAACCCGGAGGCCCUUCCCCCAUGAUGACAGCACCACAUCAAAACGCAGCCGAUGCCACUAA